AUGCUUUAUUUCCUUACUGUUAUUCUUAGUGGCAGUAUUGCACUCACGUAUUUUGCCGUUAAAUGGGGCUUUACUGCAGUUGUUCUAAUUUACGGAGUCUUGGGAGGACUUGGAUUUGGCGCUGGGUAUUCUGUUAUUCUUGCAGUGGCUUCAGCAUGGUUUCCUUCUCAUCGUGGUCUUAUAGUCGGUCUGGUUCUUGGCGGUUUUGGUGGUGGUGCUUUGGUGUUCACACCAAUCCAGACAGCGUUAAUCAAUCCCAAGAAUGUGAAAAUCAACUCUACUACCAAAAGUUUCACAGACACAGACAUGUUGAACCGCGUUCCUUAUGCAUUUUUGCUUCUGGCGGGCAUAACUGGAACCAUACAAAUAAUAGGAUUCUUGCUUAUGCAAGAAAAACCAAAGGCAACUGAAUGUGCUGCACUAGACCAAAUUAGUUUGCAAGUGAGUGUACAUUCUCUAAUUUCCUGCAAUUCGGUUUUAAGACUGUCGAUGUACAACCCCUUAUCGUUCUGCAGGCCUCGGACUUUUACCUUUUAUGGUUGUCUGUGUGCUUUAGUGCGGUUCCAAUCACCCUCGUUUCCGCACUUUUCAAGCGCAUUCACUCCGGAAAUUUUUUUUACGAAGGUAGCCGGGAUUCAGUAUAUUCAUGACGAUCUCUUUCUGACGGGAGUCUCAAUGGCGGCAUCUGUGUGCAACUGUGUUGGACGCGUUAUCUGGGGCAUAGCUUGUGAUCGGUUUUCUUUCAAAGUGAGUUUACUUUGUAAGUUGAUAUCAUGGAUCACUUUUGAUGUCCUCUCAGAUGGUUUCAAUACCGAACUAAAUUUACCCAUGAGCUGCAUGUGCAUCGUGUGGAUCUCCCUCCUGUUCAGCUUUCCAUUCAUCUCCGUUUUCACAGGAACCACAGCAAAAGUCACUUUUGUAUUAUGGGUUGGCCUCAUGUUCCUGUGUCACUGCGGCAUUUUUGUCUUUGCACCGACAGCCACCGCUAACAUUUUCGGACCGGUCAAUUUGGCAGUCAACUAUGGAAUGACAUUUACCGCGUUUGUAAGUUAUGUUGCAUGCACUCUCGGUAGUACGUACGGUGACAAAGUGUCUAACUCCGGUUCA